AUGAAUCGUCGCAACCAAGUGAGCAGUGAUGAGUCUGGUGGCUCCACCAUCCCACCGACCCUACUUACGAACCAAUUAUCCGCCUUAUUCGAUUCUUUACGAAAUGAAGAACUCGAAUUAGAGUCACACCUUAUUUAUACUGAACCGCGCGAAGUGUUAAGCCGUAUUCUAUCUCCAAGUUCUAUGGUUUCAACCUCACCAUCGCUCACACUGUUCAACGCUUCACAAAAAACAGCUUCUGUUGGGUUUCGCAGCAUUGGUUUUGGCCAAUGUGGCAUUGUUUUCGAGCGGCCGGGCCGUGCUUACGUCGUCAAAAUCGCCCGCCCAUCAUUCGAAGACGCCCUCUGGGAAGACUUUCAAGCACACUUCGCGGUCUACCAGGCAUUCACGAAUCAGCAAUCGGUGGAGGUACGGGUUCCUCGGAUUUUCUCAUAUGUGCCGAAAACAAACAGCAAAUGGUGGGAUGGGCAUCUCGAUCUUUUUCCCCAAUCGAAACUUCCUUUCCCCCUUCCGACAAUGGCCUUGAUCACAGAGCGGAUAUUCCCGCUGCCUAAGCUUGCCCGAAAAGCUCUGAUUGACGUAUAUUGUCCUACACCAUUACAAGCCGCGGUCAUGUCUCAUGAUACCAACCGUGAUUGUCUAGCACGUAUCUAUCUUGGCCGUCGCCGUGGGGUAAAUGAGCUGCCGCCACCGAACUUCACUCUCAGAAACUUCAAUCUAUGCCUAGAUCAAAUGAUCGAACUCAAUCUCCCAAUCCAACAUUAUGCUAGAGCUAUUGGACAGACAUUGGCAAUUAUGCAUUGGUCGGCGAACGUUGAUUGUUAUGACGUCGAAUUCGUGCUAGGCAGUGAAGGCGAGAGAACUUACACCCAGGAUAUUUCGCGUUCAUUGGGGCUCAGCAUAGAACAGGUUACCAAGAUGCCCCCCCACACAGAUCUGGAGAGUAUGAUACGUGCGAAGUUUGAACGUCGAACCACUCGCAUCUGGGUUCUCGAUUUCAAUUUAUGCAACAUAUGGAAUGAACAGAGGGGACUUGAAAGGCCAGAUGAGUUGAUAAAUCAUCUCGUAGGAUCAUUUUUCGAAAACGAUCCAUACUACCCGCGUCCAUCUCUUGAGCUCGAACCUGAAAAGUCCCUUUGGCUUACUUUCAGCUCGUCGUACCAUGAUACAGCAGUGAGCCUCCUCUCAGUUCCUGAAAAGGACCCGCGCCUCGCAUUGCUUCCAGCAAAGUUUCUUGAUGCUUGCAUAUUUCGACAAUCACAAUAUCCAGCCUAG